UCGAACGAUUUGAUACAACUCUACCCAGCACUUGUAUUUUAUUGAAGAGGAACCGCAAAUACAUUUAUUUAUUGCUUCUGAUUAUACAAGAAUCAACGCCGUUCUUUUGCUGCUGGCAACCGAAAAUCCUUCCGUCUUUCCCAUCCUCCUCGGCAACGUCGGCGACCCACGAGCGCUUGCGAUUUUUUUUUAGUGUUGUUGCCGUGCCUUUUAGUUGGUCAAGAUGUCGAAAAAUAAACUAAACUUGGUGCUGCCACCGGUGAAUGUGGAUGCAACUGUUGCUGCCACACAGGUGGCACCAACGCCACCCUUUAAAACGCCAUCGGGAACAGAAACACACAGUUUGCUGGGGAAGCCAAAAACGAGCAUCGAUGCAUUAACUGAAACACUGGAGGGCCUAGACAUGGACGACACGGAACGCAAGCGAAUCAAAGUGUUCCUUAGUCAAAAGGAGAAAAUUGGCGAAUUGUCUGAGGAGGAUCUGGAAAAGUUGGGUGAACUUGGCUCUGGCAAUGGCGGUGUUGUCAUGAAAGUCCGUCAUACACUUACACACUUGAUCAUGGCGCGAAAACUGAUCCAUCUGGAGGUCAAGCCGGCGAUCAAGAAGCAAAUCCUGCGCGAACUCAAAGUGCUACAUGAAUGCAAUUUUCCGCAUAUUGUUGGCUUCUAUGGCGCCUUCUACAGCGAUGGCGAGAUCAGUAUCUGUAUGGAAUACAUGGACGGUGGUUCCCUCGAUCUCAUACUGAAGCGUGCCGGACGUAUACCUGAAUCAAUACUCGGCCGGAUAACGUUGGCGGUGUUGAAGGGACUCAGCUAUCUGCGGGACAAGCAUGCGAUCAUCCAUCGCGAUGUCAAGCCAAGCAACAUACUCGUCAACAGCAGUGGCGAGAUCAAGAUCUGUGAUUUUGGCGUUUCCGGUCAACUGAUUGACUCGAUGGCCAACUCGUUUGUGGGCACGCGCAGCUACAUGUCGCCAGAACGAUUGCAGGGCACACACUAUUCGGUGCAGUCGGACAUUUGGUCUCUGGGCCUAUCCCUGGUGGAGAUGGCGAUCGGCAUGUAUCCCAUACCGCCACCAGAUACUGUAACGCUGGAGUCAAUAUUUGCGGAUAAUUCCAAUGAGGAUGGCAACCAAACGGUGUUGGAGCCCAAAGUGAUGGCGAUAUUCGAACUGCUCGACUAUAUUGUGAAUGAGCCGCCACCCAAGUUGGAACACAAGAUAUUUUCCAAUGAGUUCAAGGACUUUGUCGACAUAUGCCUCAAGAAACAGCCCGAUGAGCGUGCCGAUCUCAAGACAUUGCUGAGCCAUCCAUGGAUACGCAAGGCGGAGGUGGAAGAUGUCGACAUAUCGGGUUGGGUAUGCAAGACAAUGGACUUGCCACCAUCGACGCCAAAACGCAAUACAUCGCCCAACUAAUUAUCAUCAUUCCUUUAUUUUCACACUUUCACACACGCACGCACCUAUCGCACACAUACACGUUAUUUAUUUGUAUGUAGUUAUGUACUUGUUGUAUCAACUUGCUCCCCUACUCUCUGUCAUUUUUCUCUCACUCUUUUUGCGUGUGCGUUUGUCGUCUCUGGUCUUUAUACUCAAGUAAGCACACACAAAGAAAGAAAGGAGAAAAUCUAAAACUCAAGAAAACAAAAAUAAAAGAAUCGAAAUCGAGAUGGUAAUCCAUAAUCCACCAA